GGCAGCAGCUGGUCUCGGUGUAAACAAGUCGAGGCGGCUGCGAACCCGGGCCGGGGGGGACGGCGCCCACCAGGAGCGCCCCCCACUCCCAGGCCAGGCCACUCCGCGGACCCGGCCCCCGCGCACCCAGGCGAGGCACUGGGCUCCCUCUGCUCCCCGUGGGCCGCUCCCCGCGUGGGGCCUCUGCCCCUGGCCCCCGCCAUGGUGCGGAUUUCAAAGCCCAAGACGUUUCAGGCCUAUUUGGAUGAUUGUCAUCGGAGGUAUAGCUGUGCCCACUGCCGCGCUCACCUGGCCAACCACGACGACCUCAUCUCCAAGUCCUUCCAGGGCAGUCAGGGGCGUGCCUACCUCUUCAACUCUGUGGUGAACGUGGGCUGCGGGCCAGCCGAGGAGCGGGUGUUGCUGACAGGCCUCCAUGCUGUCGCUGACAUCCACUGUGAGAACUGCAAGACCACUUUGGGCUGGAAAUAUGAGCAGGCCUUUGAGAGCAGCCAGAAGUACAAAGAGGGGAAGUACAUCAUUGAACUCAACCACAUGAUCAAAGACAACGGCUGGGACUGACCUCUGCUCCUGACGCAUGUGGCUCCAGCCUGGCCUGGCCGCCAGGGGGCGCCACCACCUCCCCUCGCCUGAAGGGAGCUCUGGACUCGCAGGGCUCCUGCAGAGGAAGGAUCCAGCUCUUGUACAUAUAUUUUAUUGCAUGCACUGUGACCUUGGGGGGAGAUCAGAAAGGGGACAACACCCCCGCACCUCCCUGCGAUCUGGCUGGCUUGGAUCUCGUUUUUAACCCCUUCCUGUCCCGCCUGCCCCAUAGAUAUGGCCUGUGUGCUGCUCUCUUGGCCCCAGUGCACUAUUUGUCCUGUGAACGUCUCUUCCCACCGGGUCUGUCUUACCCCAUGCGUGUCUGUUCCCCUCGUUCUGUAGCGUUUGUACAUAAUAAAACAAUGAAGUGGAGACA